UUUAAAGUGGAAAUAAAAAAGUUAAAUAAUUUAUUUGUGUGACACUACAAGUGGAAUCCAAUUUUAAAGGAGUUUACUUAUAAUUUAAUGUACAAUUUAGACUUGUAAAAGUAUAAUAUCUAAAGUCUUCUGUUAUAUAACACAGUGAUCUCGUGUUCCUUUUUUAAUCGUAGAAUAACAGAUCAUGAAUAUUAGUUUGUUCCUUUUAAGGCUUAUUUUUAUUUUAUACCUCAGCAGGGGGGAUAAUUUCGCGUUUUGCGACGAGUCGGAUGAUUUGGAGGUGGUUGAGGACCCGGUGAGCUUUGACGAAAUCAAAGUUGAGGAUGAAGCGCCUGCGGCGCUUUCUGAGGAGGAGCUCCUGGACAUGUCAGAGGAUUCAUCGGUUUUAACGAGUGAAAAAUUAUUUAAAGAUUCUGCGAAAUCUGAAAAAUACGAGUACCAGGCGGAAGUUACGAGGCUUCUGGACAUUAUCGUAAACUCGCUGUAUUCCAGCAAGGAUAUUUUCCUGCGGGAGCUGGUUUCAAACAGCGCCGACGCGUUAGAAAAGUACAAGAUCACAGCGUUACAAAAAAACUAUAAAGACAAGGACGUGGAGUUAUUCGUGAGAAUCCGGUCAUACCCUAAGAAGAGGUUACUGACAAUUUGGGAUAACGGAGUAGGCAUGACAAAGUCUGAGCUAAUGAAUAAUUUGGGAACAAUAGCAAAGUCUGGCACUGCAAAUUUCCUGGAUUCGCUCUCUAAAGUGGGAAAUGACCCGAACUUGAUUGGUCAGUUUGGUGUCGGAUUUUACUCUGCGUUUCUGGUGGCAGACACAGUGCUGGUCCAGUCUAAAAACUACGAAGAUAAACAGUACGUUUGGAGAUCCUCAGCGGCAAAUAGCUAUGAGCUGUACGAGGACACGGAUAACAGCCUGGGAGAUCAUGGCACUCUUAUCACUUUGGAGCUGAGAGAAGAUGCUACAGAUUACCUUAAAACUGAUGUUUUGGAGAAUUUGGUUAAAAAAUACAGCCAGUUUGUAAAGUACCCAAUCCAGCUUUACAAGAAACUGAAGGAUAAGCAGGAGCUCGGAUGGGUAAAGGUGAAUGAGACUCAGCAGAUCUGGACCAGGAACAAGAACACAAUUACAGAGCAGGAGUACAACGAGUUUUACAAGACAAUUAGUGGUAAGACUGACGAGCCUCUGGCGCACGUCCACUUCACAGCGGAAGGCGAUGUGGACUUUAAGGCGCUUUUAUACAUUCCAAGCUCUCCGCCCGCAAUGUACUUUAGCUCAGAAUCGGUAGGCCACAACGUAAAGUUAUACUCAAGGAGAGUGCUGGUGUCCCAGGAGAUGAGGGAUUUUAUCCCGAGGUAUCUGUUCUCAGUUUACGGUGUCGUAGACUCAGACUCGUUCCCGCUGAACGUGUCCAGGGAAUAUCUACAGCAGAGCAAACUCGUUAAACUCAUUGGGAAAAAAGUGGUCAGAACAGUUCUUGACACUCUUUACGACGUCAUGAAAAAGUCUUACGAAGAUGUUAAGGAGGUUGAAGAUGAGCUGGAGAAGGUAAAAUCUGUAAAAGAGGAAAAGGAGUGGAACACCUACAAAAAGGACUGGAAAAAGAGAAAUGACAAGGAAUUCAAGGAAUUCGAACUAUCAUCCAAAAAUCAACGGGAUAAAGAGGAGAAUAUGGAGGAUAAUGAGAAAAAUAAGAAGGGUGGGAAAAAAAGUUUAUGGUCGGCUGACGUGGAAUUGAGGCGGAAGGGGUUGGAGAAGCGGCUGAAGGAGGUUGAUAGGUACAGUAAAUUCUACAACGGUUUCAAGGGUAGUUUGAAGGUGGGUUGUUAUGACGAUGACCAGAACCGGAAGAAGAUUGCGAGGCUGCUGAGGUACAAAACUUUGUUUAGUGAAAAGGAGCUAACGUUUGACGAGUACGUUGAUAAAAUGCCCGAGGAGCAGACUGAGAUAUAUUAUGUUACGAGUGAGAGUUACGAGGACCUGAAGCAGAUGCCGCACCUCCAGGGUCUCAAGAAGCGGAAAUUUGACGUUUUGUACUUGCACGACACUAUGGACGAGGGGUGUCUGACAAAGUUGGAGGAGCACAGGGGAAAGAAGUUUAAAAACGUGCAAAAGGCGGAUUUGAACCUGAAGCUAACCGACGAGGAGCAGAAGGAGGAGGAGCGUAAGGAAACAAAGUACAAACCGCUCAUUCUGUACCUCAAGGACUUGUUACCCGAAACCUCGGGAGUUAAGCUCUCUAGGAGACUCGUGGAAGACCCCUGCACAGUCGUGGCCUCCGAGUGGUCAAUGUCCUCCCACAUGGAAAAACUCAUGAAGUCCUACGCUGUACACAGAGACGACAGCUUCGACAUGUUCAACAAACUCAACAGCAAAGUACUCGAACUCAACCCCGAUCACCCAAUCAUGGUCAAACUUCUAUACCUCUACACUCAAACACAAAAAUUAGAUCAACGAAAUGAUACGGAGAGGGUGGAGAAGGAGAGGCAGCAGAAGGAUACCGAGGGGGAGAAGGAUACCGAGGGGGAGAAGGAUACCGAGGGGGAGAAGGAUAGUGAGAGGGAGGAAGAUAAAAAACCUACGGAUGAUCAAUCUACAGAUGUUGAGAGAAGAGAGUUGUUGGAGAGGAAGAGUAGGUAUAUGAGGCGGUUGGAUAGGUUGUUUAAGUUGUUGUACAAUGCGGCAAAGUUGAAGAGUGGGUUUGUGUUGGAGGAGCCGCAGCUGGUUGUCAAUUACCUGUACGAGAAGCUGAACAGGUCACUCGGCGACUUUGUCGAACGCGACUUCGAAUUCUCCAAAAACCUCACACUCGACGACUUCGAAGUCGACAAAGUCGAAACUCCCGUACCCGAACACCUCAAAAAGAUGCAACUAGAAAUGGAGUCUACACAGUCUACACAAGGAUUUACACAGUCUACAGAAGGAUCUACAGGGUCUACAGAAGGAUCUACAGGGUCUACAGAUACAAAAUCUACACAGUCUACAGAAACAGAAUCUCCAGAACCAAAAUCUCCAGAAGAAAAGGGUAUGGAUGGUGGCUUGGAGUUGGAGGAGAUAUUUGCGGGUAAGGACCCUGAGGGGUUUGAGGUGACGCGGGGGAGCGUCGACGACGCCGAGGGAGAGCAGGCCAUGUUCGACCACCUCAAGUCCCGCGGACUCGACGUCGAAAAACUCCGAAGCAAACAGGAAGAUUACGACUGGUCCAACGACGAACUCUAAUACACAUUUAUAAUUUUUCCACACUAAUUUUAUACUAAGUUUA